AUGUUAAAUCGACCAUUAUUUAAGAAUAAUGUUGAAAUUGGAAGAGUUGUUUUAUUUAUAGAUGGAAAAUAUAAGGGAAAUGCGGCGGUUAUAGUUGAAGUAUUAAAUCGUCGUAAUGUUAUUGUUGAUGGACCUAAAACAAAUGUACCUCGUCAUGUUGCAUCUCUUAACAAUCUAAUUUUUUCAUCUAUUGUAAUUCAAUCAUUAUCUCAUGGGGCUCGUACGGGUAUUGUUGCGAAACGAUGGGAUUCGCAGGAUAUAUCAACUAAAUGGAAUGCUACAAGAUUAGUUAAAAAAUUAGAAGCACGACGUCGACGAUCUGAAUUGAAUGAUUUUGAACGAUUUCAGGUAAUUCUUCUAAAGAAACAGCGACGUCGUGAAGUUACAAGAGCUCUUGUUUCAAAUUAA